AUGAUCCUUUGGUUGGAUGCACCAUAUUGGCACAUUGUUAAGCUGAUUCAGGGGAACUCUCAUAGUGAGGGCCGAGUGGAGAUGUACUAUGAUGGCCGUUGGGGGACAGUAUGCCAUGAUAACUGAAAUAUUGUUGAUGCACAUGUGAUCUGCCAUUCCCUGGGCUUCAUAAAUGGAGCAGAAGCAAAGACAAAAGCAGCAUAUGGAGAAGGGUUGGGACCCAUUGUUCUAGAUUAUGUUGUUUGUGAUGGGACAGAGGUGCAUUGUCACUCUCAAGGCUGGUUGACUGGCAACUGCGGACAUGGGGAGGAUGCAGGUGUAGUGUGCGGUGACAAUGAUUUAAUCCUGGGGUGUUUUUCCCUGGAUCAUUCUGGAGGUUUUCCUGAGGACUUUGGCAAAUUGUAUGACAGCCAGCAGAACUGUGACCUCAACAUCACUGUGCUGAAAGCAGAUAACAACACUGAACUCUUGAGUCUGUGUGCAUAUAGACUGAUUCAUUGUACAAACAGUGAGGCCAGCUUUCUGCUCCAGGAGAGUAAUGACUCUUGCAAACUGCAGGUAGAUGAGGAGUGCCUACCCAAUGUGAACAGCUUUCUCAGGUACUUCUACUCAGGGCAGAAAGUGACAGGGAGCUCAGUAAAGUGCUUCCACAAGCUGGCUUCAGCCUACGGAGUCCCAGGUCUGCAAGCAUGCUGCAGCCAGGUUUUUCCCCUACCUCCUUCCAUUGGACCCUACCUUUUAUUGGAACUAUAUGAUUACAGCCUAACCAGUGGAGAUGCCUAGCUGCAGGAUCUCAUAAUGCAGUACCUAGACUGGAACUAUGGCUUGACUCACACUGAAGCCUGGCUGGCCCUUGUGCCAGAGAUGAUGGAGACUCUGCUGUCCCUUACAGAUGUGGCGAUUGAGAAUGAAUGGUCACUGCUGAAAGCUGUGGACCAGUGAGCCCAAACCAAUGAAAUAAAGAAAGGCCUUGUAGAAAAGGUCAGUUUCCCCAUGCUCUUUCCAAAGUAGCUGUUUGAGCAACACUGCAAUCUGACCUUUUAUGAGAAUUAGGAGAAAAUCUUCCAGAGGAAGAUUAUGGAGGCCCUUGGUUCCACAUGGUGCCAGGCACCAUUCCUAGAACAGUACAAGCUCCAUGACCUCACAAGUGAUUUAUACAUCCCUGGUUUUUACACUGGGUCCACUUGGAGCAUGUACCUAACUAUGAUUGCUUGCAGUACCCCUAUUUUCCAUCUUACAUUGACUGGUUCUCUUGACAACUCUAUCCAGUAUGAGAACAAAGCACACUUCCUCUGCCAAUGUUUCUAUAUCACAAGUGUUGUCAAUUUUCAGAAAGGUGUGUCUGUGGUCCCUAAUGUCACCAGUGUUGCCUCCUUUCCUUGUUCAACUUGCUACUUGGAUUUUCUUGCUGUUGCACAUCCUGGUUACAAGCUGAAUGCAUAA